AGUAGUGUGGGAGGGUGUCACCCGACCCGACCAGCAGACUGCAGUGAAAGCGUGACCAGACCAGGAAAAAUAAAGAAUAUCGACUAAAAGAAAGAUAUAAACUAACUGUAAUCAACUGCAAAUGAGAUAAGUUUGUGAUAUCUGAAAACCAUCUUGGAUAAACGCAACAUUUGUUCUGACACAAACGUUUAUGCCAAGACGCGCCUCUCAAUGCAUUGGGUUCGGUGACAGCUUUGGACAGGAAUAGAGAUAGUGACGGGAGAGCAAUGGAGAAUGGGAAGAACCGCCUGCAGCAGGCCCAGGAUGAGGUGGAGGAGGUGAAGGUGAUCAUGCUAGAUAACCUCAACAAUGCUGCCGAGAGGUCAGGCAAGCUGAGAGAUCUUGAUAACAGGGCAGACGAACUUCUGGAGAAGAGUAAGGCUUUCUCAAAGUCUGCUCGGAAAGUGAAACAGCAGAAGUGGUACGAACACAUGAAGAUGAAAGUGUUGCUGAUUGCCGUAGGGGUCGUCAUAGCAGCCAUCAUCAUUGGGAUUAUUGCAUGGUUAGCGUCUGGCUCUGAUGACAGAGAGCAACCUGCUGCAGGGCAACCCACCUCAGGGCCUUAGGAUCCUAGACUGUCUGUCAGAGCAAAGGACAUGGAAGAAAUGAAGAUGGAGGAUGGAGACAGGGGCAGGCGAGACCUCAGAGGAAAUAAGGAGUCAAUCAGACAGAAAUAGUGGAUGUAGAUAAAGAGAGAGGUUUUCUAGCACUCUGUUUGUGCUUUUGUCAAAUACAUUGCUGUCAUUGUCAAGCCAAACAUUUGGCAUGAUAAUGAGUGACAAGGUGUUGGCAUGAUAAUGGCACAAACAGACUGGCACUCAGGCUGUAGGUUUUCCACCUGAGCUCAAACUAGGUUUUGUGGGUUGACCUUUCUAUGCCAUCUGUGAUAUUGUUUGUUUUUAGAAGCAUUUCAGGCUCUGUGCCCUGUCUGUAGAUUGUUGAAUGAAAUGGUACCAUCACUAGCUCAGCUGCUUCCACAUUCGGUAUCGUCUUCAACUGGCCCUAGUUGGUCAGGCUCACUGGUUUCACAGUCAUACUCAGAAAUGCUUCAGCCUCACCAUAAGAUUUGGUAUAGGUGAAUGUUUUGUCAAUUCAAAUAAAACAUAUUGUGCCUUUGGAAUGUAAAAAAUCCCCAUCGGAUGAAUUGUGUGACUGUUUCAAAGUAUUCCAUGUAAGCUGUAAGGGGACAUCACAGAAUUAUAUUUAUCAUGAAAUGAAAUGAGUAAUUUCUUUUCAUAAUUUAAUUCUUCCUUUUUAUGGUCAAAAUAAAUAUACAAAAAUGAACUUAAUUUUGGAUAUGUAUAUAAAACGCUGUUAUGUUUGAGGCCAAUUUGGGUAAUGCAGUGUGAAUAUUUAUAUUUCAUGUGUAAUUCAUUAGCCUACAGCUGAGAAAUCACAUUAUAUUUUCACCUGUCCCAUAUCCGUUUUUUGUAUUUUCAAUUUGUUACAGACUUUCCUUGCCCUGUUGUUGUUUACCCUUGUCUUACUACUAUUUCAAAUAUAUAUGUAAAACUGUAGUGCAUUGUAAAAUAAAAAGGAAUUGACCAAA